UGCCUGCCUGGCGGGGCUCUUGUCAGUUAGUAACAAAAUGGCUGCGGUGGCAGCAACUCUGCUCCUGAAGCGGAGGACAGAGGCGGCGGCGGUGGUGGUGCAGGCGGCUGCUGCUACUGCUGCGAGGAGGAGCGGGGGGCCGGCCCGGCAGCAUCACUGAGCUCGGCGGCAUCGCCUGUCCCGCCAGCGGCCCAACCCCCUUCCCCUCCGAGCGAAAGCUCCGUCCGAGGAGCCGCUCCUGCUGCCUCCACAAAUCCCCCGUAUCUCCCCCCCCCCGAGAACCUCUCUCUCUCUUGAGUCCCUGUGGAGGGGAAGGAGAGCGAGCGAGCGAGCCUGCUGGAUCCUGCUACUGAUUGGGUGGAUCCCACUGGGAGAGAGCCUGACGGACCUCCUUAUGAGAAACUCAACGGCUGGAUCGCCCUGGGAUCCGUGGAUCCUGACCCUGUGAGAAAGAAAGAGACUGGAUUUCGCCUUCUUUUCUGUAUCCACCUAUGUUUGGCAUAGCUGGGUGGAUCCCCAUGAGAGAGACUGGUGGACCCCCUCGUCAGCAAGAAGCUUAUCUCCUGGAUCCUUUUAGGAUCCCUGUCUAUCAGAGAGACUGCUGGACCUCCCUUCCUUGGAUCCACAUAUGAAAGGCACAGCUGGUGGAUUUCGCUGGCAUCUGUGGAUCCUUGCCUUCUGAGACACUGCCUGGAUUGCUCUCCCCCUUGGAUCUGCCUGAGAGAGACUGCUAGAUCCUUUUCCUGCUUGUGUUCCACGUCUCUCCUCCCUUUUUAGAGAGACCGUACUGGGUACUUCUUGUUUGGAUGUGAGACUUCUGGAUCCCCCGUGGCUCCUUUUUGUUUUUCCUAAGCUAUUCCCUUAUACACUUAUGGAUGGGUACAAUUUUCUCCAUUUUAAUUUGCACUUUUGAAAACAAAAUAUUCAGAUGCUCAUCCAUAUAAACUGAGAAUCUCCCAAACACAUAUUUUUUAAAAGCUGUGUUCUGAUCAAUUAGAAAGCAUAACAUUUUCCACUCUCUCACAUCCCAACAGUUCAUUUUUGCUGCAACCACGUACAUUUAAUUUUAGAACAAAAUUCCGUGUGCAAAACUCUAGCUGGGGACUCAUAACUGCUAGUUCUGCUUCACUGGAAAUAAAAAAGAUAUUUUAAAAAAGGACCUGCAUCUGCUGCACUUCUCUGGGCUGGAAUCAAACUGGAGCUUUUAGCUCUUCUACUUGGAUACUGUUGAUUUCUUGUCUGGUUUCCCCAACCCCCUCCCUCCUCCUUUGUGGCAGGUUAUUUUUGGUGGGGUUUUUUUUUAUUGGAACGGGCAUAAAUAUAAAAAAAAAAUCCAACAACUGACUUUCUUGGCCGUGUGAGAUUUUUUUCGUAUUCAACGUGAAAAAAUACGGGUACUUUUUGUAAGAAAAAGCAUUAAAGAAAGAAAGGAGCACGCUAGUGAAACUCCCAGACGCCAGACAAAAUAUUCACUUGUUCUUUUUCAAGGAGACUGAGUCGAAAGCUGCCAAAGAGCCCCAGAAGGAAACGAAGCAAAGGGAGAAAGAACAAACACAAGAAGAGGAACAUUUGAUGGAAGAAAAGAAAAAGAAAAAGCAGGAAGAAAAGAAAAAGAAGGAAGGUGCUCAGAAAAAGGCUGCUGAACAAAAAACCAAAGUGCCAGAACCUAUUAAGACCAGUUUAAGCCAGCCCCAACCUGCCGGUACCAGUACCAGUACUUCCACCAGCACUAUUACUAACAAUAGCAAUGGCAAGCGUGCAUCUGCCAAUGGGCAGCAGCCAGCUGCAUCCCGAUACCUGCCUCGUGAGGUGCCUCCACGCUUCCGCCAACAAGAACAGAAGCAGCUCUUAAAAAGAGGCCAGCCUCUGCCUACUGGAACUCUGAUCAGCACGAGCCCAGCGCAAGGUACUGGACAAGCAGGAGCGAGUCCUCCUCCACAGCCAGGAGUAGGUGGACAUCACCACCCCAGUAAAACUCAGACCCCAACAGCUCUACAGGAUGAGGCUCACUCUGUACACAGCCGACAUAUUGAAGCCGAGAGCCCAGGCGAACCUAGAUGCAGGAGGGGAGACAGCUCUGCACACAAUGUAGCGUCUCCUAGGAUGGUUGGGCAGCACCUUUUCUCAGACCUUGGUCACAGCGGAUUGGGAGACCAUUAUGAGAAUACUCACUGGGGACAGCAGCCCACUUUCCGAAGUGAAGCCAAUUGCAGCUGGGAUAAAGUGAUAAUAGACAGGACUGACAAGGAAGCGUGGCCUUCCAUUACAGGAACUGAGACUGAAUCUGCCUCAGAAUGUACUACAGACACUGACUCUGCCUCCAACUGUGGCUCAGAGAACAGUAGCAUGGCUACAGGGAGUGCCCAAGGCAACUUCACUGGACAUACAAAGAAACCCAAUGGCAAUAAUGGCACCAAUGGAGCACUCAUCCAAAGCACUUCUAACCAGAGUGCCCUUGGAGCUGGUGGAGCAAAUGGUAAUGGAAAUUCAGCCAGAGUGUGGGGUGUUGCCACAGGUUCCAACUCUGGCUUAGCUCAUUGCUCUGCCAGUGGUGGGGAUGGAAAGAUGGACAACAUGAUUGGAGAUGGUAGAAGUCAAAAUUGCUGGGGUGCUUCCAACUCAAAUGCUGGCAUUAAUCUUAACCUUAAUCCAAAUGCCAAUCCAGCUGCCUGGCCUGUACUCGGACAUGAAGGAACUGUGGGAGCAGGCAACCCUUCCAGUAUUUGCAGUCCAGUCAGUGCCAUAGGUCAGAACAUGGGCAACCAGAAUGGGAACCCAACGGGCACCUUAGGUGCUUGGGGAAACUUGCUGCCGCAAGAGAGCACAGAACCACAAACGUCCACUUCUCAGAAUGUGUCUUUCAGCGUACAACCUCAGAACCUUAACACUGAUGGACCAAAUAACGCUAACCCCAUGAACUCUUCACCAAACCCUAUCAAUGCAAUGCAGACAAAUGGACUGCCGAACUGGGGCAUGGCUGUUGGCAUGGGGGCCAUCAUCCCGCCCCACCUGCAAAGCCUUCCUGGUGCUAAUGGGACAUCAGUUUCUCAAGUCAGUGGGGGAAGUGGUGAAGGAAUGGGCAAUUCAGUGUGGGGGAUAUCCCCAGGUAAUCCUGCCACAGGAAACAGCAAUUCUGGGUUCAGUCAGGGGAAUGGAGACACUGUGAACUCAGCAUUAAGUGCUAAACAAAAUGGAUCCAGCAGUGCUGUACAAAAGGAAGGGAAUGGAACAAGUGCAUGGGAUUCGGGGCCUCCUGCUGGUCCUGGGAUCUUAGCAUGGGGCAGGGGCAGUGGCAACAGUGGCGUUGGUAAUAUGCAUUCUGGUGCUUGGGGCCACCCAAGCCGCAGCACCAGUAAUGGCGUUAACGGUGAAUGGAGCAAGCCCCCAAACCAGCAUUCCAGUAAUGACAUCAAUGGGAAAGGAUCAACAGGGUGGGAUAGCUCUAGUGUUACCAGCCAGAAUCCUGCCAUGCAGCAGGGCAAUGAACAAAUAAACUCUUGGGCCAAAGCUGCAGCAUCUGGCAACACAGGUAGUGAAGGCAGUAAUGAUAGCAAUGGGAGUCAGAAUGAAGGCAGUACUGGGAGGGAAGGAACUGGAGAGGCUCGAAGAAGAGACAAGGGAAUGCUAGACCAAGGACAAGUCCAGUUGCCAAGGAAUGACCUUGACCCAAGGGUUCUGUCCAACACUGGAUGGGGACAGACUCCUGUAAAACAAAACACUGCCUGGGAAUUUGAAGAAUCCCCAAGGUCUGAACGAAAGAAUGACAAUGGAACUGAGGCCUGGGGUUGUGCAGCUACUCAGCCUUCAAACUCGGGGGGCAAGAAUGAUGGGUCCAUCAUGAACAGUACAAAUACCUCUUCAGUAUCUGGGUGGGUCAGCUCUCCACCUGCAACAGUUCCAACUAAUACAGGUUGGGGCGACAACAAUAACAAAGCGCCAAAUGGCCCAGGGGGAUGGGGAGAGCCGGCAAGUUCUACUGCUGUCAAUAAUGCUGCUGCUGCCAAAAGUGGCCACACUUGGAGUGGGACCACGAAUCAGGAGGACAAGUCGCCUACUUGGGGUGAACCUCAGAAACCCAAAUCUCAAAACUGGGGAGAUGGACAGAAAUCGAAUCCAGGCUGGACUUCAGGGGGUGGAGAUUGGGUUGAUUCCUCAUCUGUCCCUGGACACUUGGGAGAUGGGAAAAAGAAUGGUUCUGGAUGGGAUGCUGACAAUAGAGCAGGGUCUGGCUGGAAUGAUACUACGCGUUCUGGGACCACUGGAUGGGGAAAUGGCACAAACAGCAAGGCUAAUACAGGUACGAGCUGGGGGGAAUCUUUAAAACCUGGUCCUCAACAGAAUUGGGCUUCUAAAUCCCAGGACAACAACGUGAGUAAUUGGGGAGGAGCUGCUUCUGUUAAACAGACUGGAUCAGGAUGGGUUGGUGGACCAGUGCCAGCCAAACAGAAAGAUAGUAGUGAAGCAACGGGGUGGGAAGAGCCCUCUCCACCAUCCAUUCGGCGCAAGAUGGAGAUUGAUGAUGGUACCUCAGCUUGGGGUGACCCAAAUUACAAUAACAACAAGACUGUAAACAUGUGGGAUAGAAACAAUCCUGUAAUCCAGAGCAGUACCACAACCGCCACCACUAGCACCACCAUUAUCAACGCAAACAUGGCUGAACCUCAGCCACCGCACCAGUCAAGUGCCCAGUCAAACCGGUCCCCGCUGCUUGGUCCAGCAGGCUGGGGAGAGAUGCCUGCUAUCCAUGCAAAGCCUGAAGCUUCAUGGGGAGAGCCUUCCUCCCCUUCUGCUGCAGUUGAUAAUGGCACUUCAGCAUGGGGAAAGCCUCCCAGCAGUGGUACAGGGUGGGGAGAUAACUCUGCUGAGUCAGCAGGGUCAUAUGGAAGAGCAAGUGCACCAGCUGCUGCCCCAGUACUGUGCAAACCAGCUUCUAAAUCUAUGCAAGAAGGCUGGGGCGGUGGUGGAGAUGAAGUAAAUCUCAGUACAAGUCAGUGGGAAGAUGAAGAAGGAGAUAUGUGGAAUAAUACUGCUUCACAAGAGAGUAAUUCCUCUUGUAGCUCCUGGGGAAAUGCUCCAAAGAAAGGACUUCAAAAGGGCAUGAAGACAUCUAGUAAGCAAGAUGAGGCCUGGAUCAUGAACCGUCUGAUAAAACAGCUCACAGACAUGGGCUUCCCAAGAGAGCCAGCAGAAGAGGCCUUGAAGAGUAACAGUAUGAAUCUAGAUCAGGCCAUGAGUGCUCUGCUGGAAAAGAAGGUGGAAAUGGACAAGCGUGGAAUGGGUGUGGCUGACUACAAUGGAAUGGUCACCAAACCCCUUGGCUGCCGCCCACCACCGAUCUCCAAAGAGUCUUCCAUGGACCGCCCCACCUUCCUUGACAAGGAUGGCGGCCUAGUGGAAGAGCCCACUACUUCACCAUUUUUGCCUUCACCAAGCCUGAAGCUCCCCCUUUCAAACAGUGCACUCCCUAAUCAGACCCUGGGUGGGAUUGCCUCAGGGCUGGGCAUGCAAAACUUGAAUUCUUCUAGACAGAUACCGAGUGGCAAUCUGGGUAUGUUUGGCAAUAGCGGAGCAGCACAAGCCAGGACCAUGCAACAGCCGCAGCAACCGCCAGUGCAACCUCUUAACUCAUCCCAGCCUAGUCUUCGUGCUCAAGUGCCUCAGUUUCUCUCCCCUCAGGUUCAAGCACAGCUUUUGCAGUUUGCAGCAAAAAACAUUGGUCUCAAUCCUGCACUAUUAACCUCGCCAAUUAAUCCUCAGCAUAUGACGAUGUUGAACCAGCUCUAUCAGCUGCAGCUGGCGUACCAACGUUUACAAAUCCAGCAGCAGAUGUUACAGGCUCAGCGUAAUGUUUCCGGACCCAUCAGACAACAGGAGCAGCAAGUUGCACGUACAAUCAAUAACAUGCAGCAGCAGAUCCAGCAGCACCAGCGCCAGCUGGCCCAGGCCCUGCUUAUGAAGCAGCAGCCACCCCCUCCACAUCUAUCUUUGCACCCCCCUGCAGGCAAAUCAGCCAUGGAUAACUUUUCACCCCAUCCCCAGGCUCCUGGCCUAUCUGACCUGCAGACCAAAGAGCAACAGUCUUCACCGAACACCUUUGCUCCUUACCCCCUUGCUGGACUGAACCCAAACAUGAAUGUAAACAGCAUGGACAUUCCUGGUGGUUUGUCAGUGAAGGACACUUCUCAGUCCCAAUCUCGCCUUCCUCAGUGGACACAUCCCAACUCAAUGGAUAAUCUCUCCAGUGCUGCUUCUCCACUUGACCAGAAUCCUAGCAAGCACGGUGCUAUCCCUGGAGGUCUGAGUAUUGGUCCUCCAGGAAAGUCCUCCAUUGAUGACUCUUAUGGCCGGUAUGAUCUGAUUCAAAACAACGAGUCACCAGCUAGUCCUCCUGUAGCCGUUCCUCACAGCUGGUCACGUGCCAAAUCUGAUAGUGAUAAAAUCUCCAAUGGCUCCAGUAUCAACUGGCCACCAGAAUUUCAUCCUGGGGUACCAUGGAAAGGAUUGCAGAACAUUGACCCUGAGAAUGAUCCUGACGUUACACCAGGAAGUGUUCCAACAGGGCCAACUAUUAACACCACCAUACAAGAUGUUAAUCGCUAUCUACUCAAGAGUGGAGGGUCAUCCCCAACAUCAUCUCAGAAUGCCACGCUGCCUUCAUCGAGUGCCUGGCCACUUAGUGCCUCCGGCUACAGUAGCUCUUUCAGCAGCAUUGCAUCCGCACCUAGCAUUGCAGGUAAACUGUCAGACAUCAAAUCAACGUGGUCCUCUGGCCCAAUUUCUCACACACAAGCCUCUCUGUCCCAUGAACUGUGGAAGGUGCCCAGAAACACUACUGCUCCUACAAGACCACCUCCAGGCUUAACAAACACCAAGCCAUCGUCUACUUGGGGUGCCAGCCAACUGGGUUGGACCAGCUCUUACUCCUCUGGCUCAGCAUGGAGUACUGACAGCUCAGGAAGAACAAGUAGCUGGCUGGUCCUCCGUAACCUCACACCCCAGAUUGAUGGCUCUACACUGCGUACUCUAUGCUUGCAGCACGGUCCUCUUAUUACAUUCCAUCUGAACCUGACUCAAGGGAAUGCUGUGGUUCGAUACAGUUCCAAGGAAGAAGCAGCGAAGGCCCAGAAAUCUCUGCAUAUGUGCGUUUUGGGGAACACUACCAUCUUGGCCGAGUUCGCCGGAGAAGAGGAAGUGAACCGUUUCUUAGCACAAGGCCAGCCACUGCCCCCCACCUCCAGUUGGCAGUCCAACACUGGAACCACUCAGACACGUUUGGGCUCCACAAGCAGCUCACACGGCAUGGUGCGCAACGAUGCAGGCCACUGGAAUACCCCCUGCCUAGGUGGCAAAGGGAGCAGUGACCUGCUCUGGGGCGGGGUCCCUCAGUACUCAAGCAGCCUUUGGGGUCCACCCAGUUCCGAUGACGGCAGGGUUAUUGGAAGCCCAACGCCUUUGAAUACUCUGCUCCCAGGUGACCUUCUCAGCGGGGAGUCCAUCUAGGACACCAGAGAAACAAAAUGGAAGUAACA